AUGCCCUCAGAUAAGGAUCGUCUAUACAUCGCCCUGUAUGCCAGAGGAGGCGCACCGAAGAUGCCAGGUCUUGAGGACACUUAUCAUUGGGCGUACAUCGUAGGCCCCAAGACGGAGUCAGUUGACAGCUACGGGAGACGGUAUCAUGCUAAGGAGACGAUGACUCUCGAAGGCACACCUCCAACGCUGAAGUCGCGCUGGGUUUUUGAAACCCGUGAAACUUCAAUGGCGCCUACGUCCAUGCUUCUAAUCCGGGUGGUUGUCGCCAAAAUCAAGGACAGGCAUCGGCUUCAGUCUAUUUUUGAGGGCACGCCUCUUCGACCAGAAGUCGAAGACUGGAACUGCGUCGGAUGGGCAAAGGAGGGAUUUGAGAGUGCACUUAGAGAUGGCAAUGUUCUCGGCACCUCUGCCGUUAGCUGGAAGUCGGUCCGUGACACAGCCAUGUGGUAUAUCGAGAAGAAAAAGACCGAGCAUCGGUUUGAUGGAACUGCGAUUUGUGACCCAACCAAGGCGCCAACAUGGGACAUGUUGGAGAACAAAGAACUUUCGCCAUAG